AUGAUAAACCCAAGGUGGAUCGAUGUUUUCCCAGAUUCUGCAGUGGAGUUUCAGGCCCCUGGGGACUCGGAUCACUGCCCUGCCUUUGUGUGGCUCCACAAGGCAGCCCCUACUGCAAGGCCAAAGUCGUUCAAAUUUUUCAACUUUUGGGCCUUGCACCCGGGGAUUUUAAACAUUGUGAGAGAUUCUUGGCAGAAACCAAUGAUUGGAAAUCCAGCUCAGGUUUUUUUCCAAAAAUUGAAGAGGUUGAAGUGCUCUCUCAAGGCUUUAAAUAAAGCUCAUUUCAAUGACAUUUCAAAUAAGGUGAAACAGAAGCGAGAGGAACUCCUUAGUAUUCAGCUUGCUAAUCUUCAAUGGGGUUUUGCUGGCAGCAGCAUUGAGAAUGAACUUCAAGUAGAAAGGGAGCUAAAAAAUCUUGAAGAGGCUGAGUUACUAUUUUACAAACAAAAGGCUAAAGCCAAUUGGAUCAAGGAGGGUGACCAAGGGACGAAAUUCUUCCACUCAGUAGUGGCUAGCAGAAGAAAGAGUAAUACAAUCAGAGUUCUCUAUGACCAAGCGGGGAAUAGAUUGGACACUUUUGAUGGUAUUUCGGCUGAGGUGAUUAAAUUUUUCCAGAAUCAGCUGGGUUUGGUAGAUGAUAAUGUCCUGGGCAGAACUGUUUCUACUAUUAGGGGUCUUCUUAAUUUCUCACUCCCUACAGGCGCUGACGGCGAACUGUGCAGGAAUGUUUCUGAUGCUGAAAUUAAAGAAGCCAUUUGGGGGCAAGGCAAUGAUAAAUCUCCUGGUCCCGAUGGCUUUAAUCCCUUCUUCUUCAAGAAAGCUUGGUCCAUAGUGGGUGUGGAUUUUGUUGCUGCUAUCAGGUAUUGCUUUGACAUAUCUUUUAUUCUCCCUGCCUUUAAUGCCACUGCUGUAGUCUUGGUUCCUAAAGUGCCAAAUCCUAGCCUUGUCAAGGACUUCAGGCCUAUAUCAUGCUGCACAGUGAUAUAUAAGACCAUUCCAAGGAUUUUAGUGAGAUGA